UAUAAAGGUAGUUGACAAUCGAUCAAUCAGUGUGGCUCUAUUAUUGUUAAUCCUCCUAAAAGUGUGUGUGCUAUCAUUUUCGCAUAAUACAAAUUUUGUUGAUAAAUAAUGUAAACAGCAAUAGUGAAUUAUUGAUGAGGAUUAGCGUAUCGCCAUUCCAAAAAAUAAAACUUUGAUUUUAAUUGAUUUCUCGUGAUUUGAAAGUGGAAAUAAAAAGUGCACUCCGAACAUGGGGCAGGCGAAAAGUCAAUUUUCCGAAGACGAGCUGCAAGACUAUGAGGAUCUGACAUUCUUUUCGAAAAAAGAAAUUUUGUUUGCCCAUCAAAAGUUCAAGAAACUGGCACCGGAAAAGGUUGGUCACAACAAGAACGCCAAACUGUCGAUGCACAAAAUUUUAGAAUAUCCGGAAUUGCGUGUCAAUCCUUUCGGUGAUCGAAUCUGCAAAGUGUUCAGCUCUAGCAACGAUGGUGACUGCACAUUUGAGGACUUUUUGGAUAUGAUGUCGGUGUUUAGCGAAGCGGCACCAAAAUCCGUGAAGGCUGAGCACGCGUUUCGUAUUUUUGAUUUUGACGGUGAUGAUAUGCUUGGAUUGUCUGAUUUGAAGCAAGUCAUCGAACGUUUGAUUGGAGACCAGAAUCGAUUGCCGGAAAGUGAUAUGAAGUUUUUGAUACAAAAUAUAUUAAGCGAAGCUGACCUAGACGAUGAUGGGGCUUUAUCAUUCCCAGAAUUUGAGCACAUCAUUGACAAGUCUUCCGAUUUUACGAACUCACUUCGAAUAAGACUGUGAAGUCUGUUCUUGCCAAUUUACUCAACCGAUAUUGUCGACUAAGUGUAUGCAUCUCUAUUAGUAGCUUAAGUACAACAACAACUUUAGUGUAGUUUAUAAUUUAACCAAUCGAAUAAGGAAUCUCAGAAGGAAAACGAGUUUCCACAAUAGGAGCCAACCGGAUUCACUCCAAUUUUCGGAUUAAUUUAUUGAAGUCAAGAUGAUGAUGUGAUUUGUGUUGAUCAUAAAAUGAUUUUCCAUUAAAGAUUUUUGCAAAUUUA